GAGUCUUGUUAGUAAAACGUUUGGAGAAACUUAUAUCGUCCGUGUUAAGUAGGAUGCGAUAUCCUAAUCCAACAUGUUGUAUGCAACAUAUUGAUUAUUGCCGUGGUAGGACAAUAUUAUUUCAUUUUCGUUCAUCAUGCGGCCAAUAUAAUUUUUGUCUGUGCUAUUUUCAUCUGAAAAGUGUUCAUAAAGAUUGUUUCAAAGAAUACAUUUUUUUUAAUUUUUUUUAUAGAAUUUACAAUUUUAGAAGACGUGUGAAAUUUGAUGAAAUAGAAAUGUGGUUAGUAGUGAUAUUCUCUUUCCUGUCAUACACCUGCAAUGGAAGUUUGGUUGAUCACAGUACACAAAGCUCUGUGAUUGCUGAACUUAAGGGGACAGACAUCACAGAUAUCAUAAUGGAAGUUGACGUUUUGAAAGGAAAUUACCAUUCUCUACUUCUUAGAGUUAUUAAUAACGAACAUGAAAUCGCCUUCCUGAAAGGUCAAACACAACAGUUAGAACAUGAACUUGAAACUACUAGGCGGACAUUUUCAUGUGAACUUCAAGGUUUACUUGAUACCACUAUACAGUACGAACAUAAACUUAACGAAACAAUUCAUUCUUUGGCUACAUUUAAUCAAACAAUACAAGAUCUAAGUCAGAGCGUCAGUGUGCUAGAUAACAAAUACUCACUUCUGGAGAUACCGGGAAGGCACAGCAAUGAGUCAGGUGAUGAACAAGAAUGCCCUUUGGAUUGGAUAAGACGUGUCGACUUUGGUGCAUGUUAUUUCUUUAGUAAUGAAAGUAUGUCUUGGAACGAUUCACAGAGGCAAUGCAGAAAACAUAACGGAUCCCUUACAGAUAUCUAUUCUGAAAAUGAAGCCGUGUGGCUGGCUGAAUACAGUCGUAAUCAUACAGCAACAAUUUUCUGGAUCGGUGGGAAAACUGACCAUGGAGUAUUUAAAUGGUUUACUUCCGAUGGAGAAACCAAACAUAUGAAUUACACACGUUGGGGAAUAGGAGGUUCAUGGUCAAAAUCUCAAACUAAUCGUUGUGCCUUCCUAAUAGAGUAUCUUCAGUAUGAAUGGUAUGCAUACGAUUGUGAUUUAAAUUAUCAUUUUAUCUGCAAAACUAUCGAAAACAACAUAUGAUUAAUAAGGAUAGGAGGAGUAACAAACGGCAUGGCACAGAAAAAAGGAAGUAAAAAAGCAUUAAAUGUAUACCAAAACUUC